AUGAAUAUGUCAAAUUUUGAUGAGAGCAAUUCUAGUGAAAACCAACAACUACCCACUUUUAAAGAUCCAAAAGGGUGUCUAGAUAUUACAACAAAUCAUCAAAAAGAUGAUGAUAUCAAGAAAAUUGUCAUAUUGCAUCAAGAUAUUAUAAUGGAUGAACAAAAAGAUGAUGAUGCCAACAAAAGAGAAACAUUGCACCAAAACAAUCCACAAAAGUGUCAAGAUAUUACAAUAGGAAUCAAGAAAAUAAUGGUAUUGCAAGAAGAGUGUCAAGAUAUUACAAAGGACACUAACAACAUAGUAAUAUUGCAUCAAGUUUCUAAUCAAGAUGAUCAUCAAGAUGUUGUUAAUGAGACAAUAGUUAUACAACACGUUGAAGAAGAAUUAGAAUUAGUACAAGAAGAUAUACAACACGUUGAAGAUGAGGUUGUCAAUGAUAUAAUAGUAGCACCACACCCCAUUGUUGUUGUUGAAAACCAAGUGGUAGUGCUACAAGAAGAUUACAAUGAUGGAUUUAGGACUCCAACUUCUUUGGAAUCAAAAAUUCCAAUUUUAACAACAUGUCCUGGUGCACCAAGACGUAACUAUAAUGGUAUUAAACGAAAAGCUUCAUCAUCACUAAGAAGAGGGGAAAGAAAUAUUAGAGUAUGGAACGAUUAUCGCCAUCGCCAUACCGCUAGAUUUUGACCGGAAAAUCAAGAAAUUCUUAAUCAUACCAAACAAGAAGAAGA